AUGAGAGAGGAGUUGGAAGAAUAUUUGAAUCUUUUCACCCACAAAGUGGACUUGCUACAGCACUUAUCCAGCCUUGUGCCACAAACUAACAACGUGUCUUUAUACAAGGAUGAUGUAGGAUGUCCAGUGCUGAGUAUCGGACUCUACUCAACCCUGACUCUCCCAACACGACAAGCUUUUGGAAUAAGCUUUGCAGAUGAGUUUAGUGUGCUGCUCCAGCUGCGAACCUCUCAGGAUGUGGACCGCAGUGUCCUGACCAUCCUCGACUUCUACAAUCAGGUGGUCCUUCAGAUCCGCAUUAGUCCUUUUGGUUUCACCUUCAUCACUGCGCAGCAUCACGAUUAUGAGUUUUUGGUGGCAGGCCUGUCUGAUUCACAGUGGCACUGGCUAUCAGUGGGAGUCUCAUUUGAGUUUCUGACCGUGUAUGUGGAUUGUGUGUUAGUGGAGAAAGUGCGCUGGACCUACCCAUACAUGGGUAUUUCUACAGAUGGCCUGCUGAUGGUUGGGGGCAUUAUGCGGGGGUUUGAGACCCCUUUUGAGGGUGAGAUCAGGCAGAUGAUGUUUCUCUUGGGCGACGGCAGAGCUGCUCGCCGUCACUGCAGCCUCCACAAGCCUGUGUGUGGAGCUUCAGUCAACUCGCUGUCCUCCGAAACAUCUCACAGUGUACAGACUCGUCCAUCGCCAUCCUCAAGCAGCCUGAUAAAUGACCCAACAAUUUCAGAGUCCUUUAGUGGCUUUGUAGAUCAUCAAAUCACAAGAUCAAGACAAGAUCUCAGACCUGAAGUGGAGGAAGCAGACAUACUGGACCCUCCCAGUUUUGUUCCUGUUACUGAGGUGAGCUCUUCCUCUCAAAGGGAAUACUUAAACAGCGUCCGAGUGCUGGAGGAAUCCACCCGACAAAAAUCCUUUAACACCACAUCAUACACGUUUAAUAGGAUUAAAGACAAGACUGACAGCAAGGCCCAGACCACCAGUGCUAAAUCCACAGCGGGUGACUUGCCAUCACACAAAGUGCAAACGGGCUGGAUUAAAGAACUUUCACAUGUGAUUCCUGCUAAACCCUCAGAGGAGAACAUCAUCGACCUGGAUUCUACAUCUGAUACACGCCGUGAGAACGAGAUCCUCGUGCAGCCACAGCUUCAUGAGCUGAAUCUGACAGAGGAGGACCUUUUACCAUCCACAGGGAUGUACAUACCUCACAGAUCCUCGGGUCAGUUUCACAUGCAGGAAGGCCAGGAAAAGCCUGUGAAGACUGACCAAGAUGGCUCAAUCCAUCAAAGCGUGGUCAGGAGUUCACAUAAACAUGGUGAUGUCAUUACUGGAUCUGAUGGAAGAAAGUACAGACUGCUGAGAGGAUCACAAGGACCUGCUGGACGGCUGGGAAAGAGAGGAUGUCGUGGUAUCAGAGGAUAUGUUGGAUUUAAAGGUGACAAGGGUUCUUAUGGUGAAAGAGGGCGAGACGGGCCGAGGGGUGUUCCAGGCCCUCCAGGCCCACCAGGACUACCCACAAUCUACCUAUGGAGCAACACUCAGGAGGACUGGGCUGUGUUCAUGAGAACUUCAUAUUACCACUUGCUGUUGGCUGGCUGGCCUCAGGAGACAGGGCCUCCUGGACCAAUGGGGGAGAUGGGCAAUUCUGGACCACCUGGAAUACCAGGAGACCCUGGAGAAAGAGGACCACCAGGCCGACUAGGUGACAUGGGUGACAUGGGGCCGAAGGGAGUGUGUGGCCGAGUAGGAACAUCAGGAAGAGAUGGAAAGAAUGGGCUGGAUGGGGAACCCGGCCCUCCUGGAACACCUGGCCUGCAGGGUCCUCCUGGUUAUAGGGGAGAAUCAGCGCCCCCUGGAGACAAAGGGGAGCUGGGUUUCUCGGGUGCCCCAGGUUCCACUGGAAACAGAGGGGGGCUUGGGAAAAAGGGAAAUAAAGGAGAACCUGGGAUGACCGGCUCUGUCGGCCCUUCAGGCCCGAUGGGUAUUAGAGGACAGGAGGGGUUUCCAGGAACUCCUGGGCCUAAGGGUGAACCUGGAUACGAUGGGAAACGUGGUCCUGCUGGAGCAGCAGGAGCUCAAGGUGCGACAGGAAUGGUUGGUGCACAAGGUGUUAAUGGAUCAGAAGGUGAUGUUGGCCCAGCUGGCCCAGCAGGUCGAAAAGGGCCUCGGGGUCCUGCUGGUGUUGAAGGAAUCAGAGGCCCUCCUGGUGUGCAAGGUCCACCGGGACUGCCAGGAGAGGAGGGACAGCGAGGUCUUAAAGGUGACAUAGGACAGGAAGGUCCAGUGGGUAACAGAGGACCACAAGGGAUUGAAGGACCAAUGGGCUUAACUGGAGAUCCAGGUAUAACAGGAUUUCCAGGAGACAGAGGCAGCAGAGGGCCGGAUGGAGACAGAGGGAAUCACGGAGCUAAAGGAGAAAGAGGCCCACCUGGAGCAACAGGGGUUAUGGGUCCUCAGGGAGAGAGGGGUAAACCUGGCCUUAUUGGUUUACCUGGGGUCAAAGGUCAACUAGGUCCUCCAGGUAUACAGGGUGAAGAUGGUGAAGUGGGUCUCGCGGGAACGAUUGGAAAGGAGGGGCAGAAGGGAGAUAGGGGCAUGACUGGAAUUAUCGGGAGAACAGGACCCAGAGGACAACAAGGAAGAGCAGGCCUUCAUGGGCCACCUGGUAUACCUGGACUGCCGGGUUUGAGGGGCCCACCAGGAAGUGAGGGAGCUGACGGAAAGCCUGGUACACAGGGGGUCACUGGCUCAGUUGGAAGUCCAGGAGAUAAAGGACCAAACGGUUUGCGGGGAUUACCAGGAGAGACGGGACUGAAUGGACCGCCUGGUUCAACGGGUCUCUUUGGUCGUCCUGGUCAAGAUGGCAGCCCAGGACCCCCCGGAGGAAAGGGUUUUGCUGGAAUACCAGGAGCCGAGGGCCCUCAAGGGCCGGUGGGAAUAUAUGGUUAUCCAGGGGCUCCAGGGCUACAGGGAAGGCCUGGUUACAUUGGUGAGAGGGGUGAACCUGGUGUGAGAGGACCCGUCGGCAAGCCUGGAGAGAGGGGGCCAACUGGCUUGCCUGGGCCGCCUGGUGAGAGAGGUUUACCUGGACCACAGGGCCGUCUAGGUGAGAUUGGACCAACUGGUAUAGAAGGACCACCUGGUUUACCAGGCCUGCCCGGUGUUGUGGGAAUUCCAGGAAUGCCAGGUCCUCUGGGCAGUAUGGGACCUGCAGGGCCAAGUGGCAAAGAUGGGCCAAUUGGAUUACCAGGAUUACCAGGUGCUGCUGGGAAAAUUGGGCCACCAGGAGAGAUUGGAGAGCCGGGAGUUCCAGGACCGCCUGGUGACGCUGGAUUUGUUGGGUUGGAUGGACAACAGGGCUUUCCUGGUACACGUGGAUCGGAGGGGCCACCAGGGAGAAAGGGGAAACAUGGAUCAGUGGGACCUGUUGGGAAUCCUGGACCAGUUGGAGCUCCAGGAGAACCAGGACCACAAGGCUCCCAGGGGAUGCAAGGAGAGCCAGGACCUGAAGGCAAAGAGGGAGCCAUAGGACUUACAGGCAUUAUGGGAGAUCCAGGUCCCACAGGACAGAAGGGUGACCCUGGGCUGCAGGGGUUCCCUGGAGAUGCUGGACCUCCUGGAUUCUUUGGUGCACAAGGACUGAGGGGUUUGAAGGGUGAUAAAGGCUAUGAUGGAUUCUUUGGCCAGACUGGACUGAUGGGGAAGACUGGUCCAGCAGGACUCAUGGGACUGGAGGGUUUAAUAGGACUGCGAGGACCACCUGGGCCUGACGGACCACCAGGACCAAAGGGUGAUUCUGGCAUUAGUGGGGUAAUGGGUCUUCCUGGAGAACCAGGUGCACAGGGUGUAGCAGGACAGAACGGACUGAAGGGGGAUAUUGGGAAACCUGGACCCCAAGGGGAUUCAGGUCCCAGAGGUCCUGAAGGCCUGUUAGGUCCUAAAGGUUUACCUGGGAUAGCAGGUACAAACGGUGACUCAGGUACACCAGGACCUCCAGGACAGAUGGGGCCAGAGGGAUUUCCUGGAAUUAAAGGACCAACAGGACUUCCAGGAUUAGAGGGGCUUCAAGGAGAGAUGGGAGCUCAGGGGCCUGUUGGCCCUCCAGGUCCACUGGGUCCAAAGGGCAGGCCUGGUCUAGCUGGAGAUGAUGGACUGAAAGGUCAGAAGGGCAAGGAUGGUCGAGAUGGGCAACCCGGAUAUACAGGGAAUGCUGGGAGGACGGGUAAAAGAGGGAAAGCUGGACCAAGGGGACCAAGAGGAAUCAGAGGAGAGAAGGGAAAGCCAGGCCCUGUGGGGUGGAAUGGACCUCCAGGAAGGUCAGGCCCAUACGGAUUACCUGGCAUACCAGGAGAGAAAGGAGAGCAGGGAGCAACAGGACCACAGGGGGAGGAAGGGGACAUUGGGUCUAUUGGGCCACCAGGGAAAGAUGGACCAAAGGGGCAACAGGGGCUUGCUGGUGAGAUGGGCAACAAUGGGUCCAAAGGCGAACAGGGUGAAAUUGGUCCCCCAGGAGGAAGAGGAAAUCCAGGUCUGCCAGGCAUGCCUGGCCUGUUUGGAGAAAAGGGAUUGAAAGGGUUUCCAGGAAUUCCUGGACCUGAAGGACCAAAAGGACCACGUGGUCUACCAGGUCCUCCUGGACCCCCAGGAUUAUCUCUUAACCUCACAAUGGCUCAACUAAAGGAGCUUAUGUAUCAAGCAGACACUCCCAACUACUCUCUCAUCAGAAACCUGCUGGACUCUCUUCAACGAGACCUGCGACUCUUCGUUGAUCCACCCGAUGGCACUAAAGCACAUCCGGCAACAACUUGCUUAGAACUGAUGUUGUGCCAUCCGAACUAUACUGAUGGAAUGUACUAUAUUGAUCCAAACCAAGGCAAUCCCACUGAUUCUCUCCUAGUCUACUGCAGUUUCAGUUCAGGUGGCCAAACGUGCCUUUCUCCAAUUCAGCCACAGGUCCCGAUGAAAGCCUGGCUGAGAGACUCACAGGAUGAGACUUUCACCUGGCUGAGUACAAUAGAGAACGGCUUUCAGUUUGAAUACACAGAAACCAGCGUGGUGCAAAUGAGGUUCCUGCGACUGAGCAGCAUGCAGGUCAUGCAGAACAUCACAUUUGCCUGCAAGCACGGCAACAGGCAGACAUCAGCUGAAAGAGAAAUCAAAUUCCUCGCCGACUCACGAAGACAGAGCUUCCUGGGGACGUUACAUGAUUGUGUGCCAACUGAAGAGCUGGAUACAGGACCUCAGCAGUCUGUGUUCCAGUUUGAGACUGAAGAUCUGGAUCUUUUACCAAUCAGAGACUUGGCCCUGUUUGGCCAUAGUGACCUCUCAGAGGACUUUGGAUUUACUGUAGGACCUGUGUGUUUUAGAUGA